UACUAUAGAAUUUGAUGUGGACAUUUUUUUGUAAAUUCGUCCCAUUUCUUUCCUUAUAUAGUCAUUAAAUACAGAAUAAUAGUGAAUACUGUUAAUAAUGGCAGAGCCCAAAACACAAGCAGUAAUGAAACUAGAAGAAUAUAAUGCCAUUGUGGAGGAUUUUAACAAAAUGACAUCUUAUAGUCGGAAAUCUGAAAAUGAGUUGAAAAAGAAAUAUAAACACUUACCAGCCACUACUUUGGGCAGUAUAAUAUCAUUACUAGUACAGAGAUCCAUGAAGCAUAGCUACAGAAAGUCCCCACAAAUUUCCAGUAAAUAUCAUGAAUUUUAUGAAGGACUAAUGAGGGACAAGACUAAAGAUAAUGUUAUUUUACAGCUUUCAGAUUGUCAGGGCAUCAGUCCAGCAUUGUUUGCAAGGUCACUGUUACAAGGUGUAUAUUCUGAUUCAUCACAAGCCAAAAGAUGUAUCAAAGAUACAACCCUGAUUGAGGAGAAAGACUUAGCUUACCAAGUUUUUAUGGGUAUCAUGAAUGAUAAUCAGUAUGGCCCCUAUGCAGAUGUCAUAAAACAGUCUAUUGGCUUAGAAUAUGAACUAAGACUAGAAAGGGAAUUGAGACUAAUGAACAUCACAUUUUCUGAUGAAAGUGUAUUGAGGUCCCGAGGCUAUGACAAAACACCAGAUUUUAAAUUAGAUGUUCCAAUUGCAGUGGAUGGAUUUAUUGUGAACUGGGUGGAAAGCAAAGCACUGUUUGGAGAUGAAGAAAAUCAUUCAGGAUAUUUAAAAGAACAACUGCUUUGCUACUGGAACAGAUUUGGACCAGGAUUAGUCAUAUACUGGUUUGGAUACUUAGAAACCUUAGAUUCCACGCCAGAAGUAAAUAGUAUGUUUAUAUUACGAACUAGUUUUCCAGAUAAAGCAAGUAUAACACAGUAUAAAACUGAUAUUUAAGGUCAAUUUGUGUUCAGGUAUUUAGCCAAUUAUUUAUUUACAUAUUUAAAUAGAAGAAACAUAUAUCUAUAAUUAUAUUUUGCUUCAUUUGACAAUACAGAAAAUCAUUGUUUGAGCUAUCUGAUUAUGCCAAAUGAAAUGGAGUUACAUGAUAAUGCAUGGACUAAAUGUUUACAUAGUGUUUUAUCUACUUCACCUUUAGUGCUGUGCGAUUAACUUGAUUGGAAUUAUUCUAAUUAUACAAUACUUUGGUAGGGCAACAUAGAAAAUAGCUAUUAAACUUUUAAUUAAUUUUAAAUCACUCCAUUAGUUCCGGACAUUAGUGUAAUCAAGUAAACCAAAGCUCCUUAGCUUUUCACACAUGAUUGGUUAGCCUCAAGGUAAAUUAUGUAACUAAUUACCUACCAUGGGACUAACUGACAGUGUUGACUUAUUGGUGCUAACACAACUGAUAAACUGCAUAUAAAAUCUACUGUUGUACCAUGUCGGUACCUAGUUAUUCAUUGGACAUUGUACUUAGAAAAAUCAAUGUUGUCAAAUUUGAAUUUCCCUUGACAACCCUCAUGAGGGUUAGUCAAUAGGUACCAGCUCCACAUCUGAGUCUAGUAUAAAACUAACGUCAUUCACGUCUGGCCAGGAAAAAAAAUCCCCCUUCCUAAA